AUGCCAUCUAGAGCAAUAAAAACUAGAAAAAGAAAUAGUACAAAGAUCAGAGCAAACAUAGAUAGCUCAUUUAAGGAGAACGAUGAGGAAACAAAAAAACAAGUUGUUGAUCUCAUUGGAAGGCACACAAAGUCUUUAAAAGAUUUUAAAAUAAAGUUAGCUGCUUUCAAAAGAGAAAUAGUUGGAAAUAAAUAUUCAAAUAUGACUGAUGAAGACAUUAUUGAGUAUGAUCAAAAAUUAGAAAAUACCUUGAAAUUAAUGUUUCCUGGUACAUCUCAGAAAAUAGGAUUAUCUACACAAGUAAAAUGUGCUUUGUGUUUUCAAAAACCAUAUUCAUGGGAAGAUUCUGGUCCCUUAUAUGGUCCUGUUCAAGUAAAUCUAGUGCCAAUGUUAGUUCCAAAAGAACUUCGUUUACAAAAAGAAGACAAUCCUACUAAUUCUGAUGAAGAUAAAGAAGAAAUAUAUGAUUUUGAAUCUCAAAAGUAUUUUGUAGCUUUUCAUGAAAAGUGUAUUUUGGAAGCUGAAAAUAUUAAUAUUAUUGUUCCAGAAAAAUUAGAAAAACUAGGACAUCAGCUUCAAACCUUUUGGAAUUAUCCUUGCAAAAAAUGUAAAAAACUUGGUGCUUCAGUUAAAACAAAAAAUAAAGCAUCCACAUAUACCCAUUUUCAUUGUAGUAUUAAAAAAACUAAAAAAUAA